AUGGCUGCUGAUCUUUCAUCGUCACAAUUUCCAAUUCUUACAAACAAGAAUUGGAAUCGAUGGAGCACCCAGAUGCGGGUGGUGUUCCGUGUGCAAGGUGUCAGUGGCGUUAUCGAGAAGGCGGAGGCAGACGUUACUGGCAAAGAAGGACAAGAAAAAGAAUUCAAGCAGAAAGAUGAUAAAGCGCUGAUGCUUAUUCAUCAAUGUGUGGAUGAUGCACACUUCGAAAAGAUUCAGGAAUGCUACCACCGCCAAGGAAGCAUGAAGUAUUUUGGUAUGAUGCUAUUCAGCAACAUUAUAACGAUCGCGAAUCAAAUGAGAGCAUGUGGUGAAGAGGUUACGAAUACUAUGAUCAACGAAAAGAUCAUGAGAUCGCUACUAGAGAUGUUUGAUCAUAUCGUUGUUGCUAUUGAGGAAUCAAGAGAUGUUAGCAAGCUCAAGAUAGAGGAGCUUCAAAGUUCUUUAGAGGCUUACGAAAUGAGGAAGCAUGAAAGAAAGUCUAAACGUGAUGAUCAAGCUUUGAAAGUUAAGCAUGUGAAAGAAGAAGAGAAGAAGAAGUUCAAGAAAUGGGAAGGAAAACCAAGAAAAGGGAAGUGGAAGAAAGAAGGACACAAUGUAGAUAAUGAAAAACUGGACAAAAAGUCUGAUAUGAGCACAUCUGAUUCCAAGGAUAAGAAACAUUACAAGAAAGGUUUGAAAAAGAAGAAAGAUAAAAGGAAUAUAGAAUGUUUCAAUUGUCAUAAAUAUGGCCAUUUUGCGUUUGAAUGUUUUCCAGAAAAAUCAAAAGAAAAGAAAAGCAAGGAGAAGGAAGCACAUGUUGCUGAAGAAGACUCAAACACAGAAACAACGUUAACUCUGAUGGUGAUGACUGCUACAGAAUGUGCGAAACCAUUAAACACAAAUUGGUAUCUUGAUUCAGGGUGUUCAAAUCACAUGACAUGCAACAAGGAAUGGCUUGUCAAUUUCAAUCAGACAAAGAAGAGUAAAGAGAAAUUCGCUAAUGAUAGUACAUUAAAGGUUGAGGGCACAUGA